AUGUCAGUUAUGCGACUCUCAGUGUUUGCAGGUGUAGCGUUGAUCGGACUCGUCAAUGCUUCUCUGUUCACUGGGGAUCACCUCAGAUAUCUCCAGAAUGAGACGAGAGCACUAUUUGAACAUGGUUGGCAAGCAUACAUCGAACAUGGUUUCCCUUAUGAUGAGGUGACUCCUCUAACGUGCCAGCCUUUUGGGCCCAGUCCUGAUCGUAACGAUAUCAUCCGCAACGAUGCUCUUGGGAAUGCCCUGCUGAUGGUGCUUGACAAUUUGGAUCUGUUGAUUAUUUUCGAACGUUGGGACGACCUUGAAGAUAUGCUUGGCUAUUUGAAGGAACGUCAAUAUGAUCUCUUCGAUCAAAACCAGAUAGUUCAAGUAUUUGAGUUCUCCAUCCGACUGUUGGGAGGGCUUAUAAGCGCUCAUCUUUUGCUCACGGAUGUUGUGAACCAGUAUACACUCGUUCCAGAGAAAUACGAACGUUGGCAUCGCAUAGCUAUUGAUUACGAUGGCUUCCUAUUAGACAUGGCGUUUACAUUGGGGAAGAAGCUACUCACAGCAUUCAAAACAACCACCCAAAUACCUGUUCCCCGCAUCAACCUUAGGAAAGGUGCAAAGGGCGUCCCCAAACGUUUGCAACAUGAAGGGUGCACACUGGGAGUUACAACUCCAGUUCUUGAAAUGACUUUACUUUCACGUCUUACGGGGGAUGAACUGUUUGAAGCCUACACUCAACAACUGUUCUGGAAGCUUUGGCUGCUGCGUACACCACUUGAACUUUUACCCAUGCUGUUGGACCCUAUAACCAACAAUUGGGUUGAUCUGAUCACAGGCAUCGGAGCGCUGAUAGAUCUGUUCUACGAGUAUGCUGUCAAAGGGGCCAUUGUACUUCGUGAUUCUCGAUUUUGGGAAGUGUUUGACACGUCAUACCGUGCGCUCAUCACCCACCUGAUUUUAGGUGGGGGUCCUCUGGAGUCAACAAUGAUAUGGCGCAAUGUAAACACGCAUGAUGGUACCCAAAACGGCCAGUGGAUCGAUUCUCUUGCGGCGUUUUGGCCGGGUCUUCAGGUCCUUGCGGGAAGAAUAAAGCACGCUGUUUCAAGCCACUGGAUAUAUACCAGCAUCUGGAAUAGUUACGGACUGAUUCCUGAACGCUGGCGGUAUGCAGUCAAUGAAGGUGAGUGCGCCGUCGAUCUAGAAUGGUACCCAUUGAGACCUGAGUACAUUGAGCUGACAUAUUACUUAUAUCGGGCGACCAGGGACCCGAUGUACCUUCACAUUGGUGAACAGGUUCUUGAAGCAUUCAGGACUCGAUUCAUGGCUCCAUGUGGGUUCUCUGGAUACCAGGAUGUGCGAUCUGGCACACGUCAAGACCGUAUGGAGACAUUUGUGCUUGGCGAAACACUCAAGUACUUAUAUCUUUUAUUUGAUGUCAACGAUGAGAUCUUUUUGCAUACGCCAAUCAUGACGCCAAAGAACUGGGUAUUUUCCACCGAGGCUCAUCCUAUUUGGAUGCCCCGUUCAUUUGAUUCAGCGCCUCAAAAGGGCAAUAAUGAUUCUCAUAGAAAAAUGUUCGAUGAUUUGAGGAUAUCCCAAAAGGUCUCGAAAGUUCCAGGAUAUGAUAUGUCAAGUUGUGAGCGACCUGAAAUUACCAAGGGACUCCAAUCUAAUUACUAUCUCAACACCAACUUAUUCAGCGCUCAAGUGGAUUUCCAGCAUUCAUGGCUGAAACCAAUGCAUAUUUCUGGAGAUCAGCUCGAAAUUGACCCGGCAUUUUUCUCGACUUUCCUGAUGGGCUUGCUACCCACUAGUAACCGUCGACCUACGCUGAUGGUUAUCGACGUGUUUUUGGGCGAUAUAACACAUACCUCACAUCAGGAAAUCAACCGAAUCCUGGGUAACGAUAAUCGUAUGUCGAGUGGAGACUUUUGGGUUCCCCAAUUUACUAAUCUCAAAGUUCAGUUUGAACAUUUGGCUCCUGGAAAGGUUGAUGUGUACAACAACGACAUAGAUGCGGAGUACAUUACAGAGCGGAUUCCCAAAGUACUGUCAAACUCUUCUCAAGAACUUCAAUUGAUGCGUGUGCUCAAAGUUAAUGGCAUCGAAGUCCCGCCGGAAACGAUGAUUUGGAUAAGCGGAGAGAAUUUGCCAUCUAUGAUUUCAACUUCCGCUGAAGGGAGAGUAUUCCUUCAAAAUAUUUGCAUUGAAAAUGUUGCUGUGUUGUGA